AAAUCGCGGAACAUCACAAUUUCAUUUUCACCCAUUUUUUUCUCCCAAAUCAAACACUUCUCAUCACAACCCUCUCCUCAACAACAAUGGCGUUAUCAAAUCUCCGACGACUAACCCAAUCCACCCACCGCCUCCCCUCCCUCUCCUUCCUCAACCACUCCCCCAUCUGCCGCCCCACCUCCACCCUCAAAGUCUCCGACCGCAUCGUGCGUCUCUCCGCCAUCGAUUUCCAGGGCCAAAAACACAACGUCCUCGGCCUCACAGGCCAAACCCUCCUGAAAGCCCUAAUCAACACCGGCCUAAUCGAUCCCGAUUCCCACCGCCUCGAAGAGAUCGACGCGUGCUCCGCUCACUGCGAAAUCAACAUCGCUCAGGAAUGGCUCGAUAAGCUCCCGCCGAGGAGUUACGACGAGGAGUAUGUUCUGAAGCAUAAUUCGAGAGCUAGGGUUUUGAAUAAGCACUCCAGAUUGGGAUGUCAGGUGCUUCUUAAUCAUGACCUUCAAGGUAUGGUUGUUGCACUUGCUGAACCUAAGCCAUGGGACACUUCUUAGGGAUUUUAUGAAUUUUUCGUUGUUGAAUAAUGUGAUUGGGUGAAAGAGGUGAAGUAAUUGAACCUUGUUGUGAUUUAAUGGUUUCUUGUUUUUGUAGUUUGCAAUUUAUGAUGGAACUUUUUGUUAUUUGAACUAUUGUGCCUGUGAUUGGCAAUGAAAUGUGAUAUUAAUAAUUAUUUGCAAAGUUUA